AGGGUGCUGCUCUUCCUGGCGAGAAUGAUCGGGCGUCCUAUCGAUGAGAAUAGUCGAAUGCAUAAAUAUCAUUUAUAUUUCGUUGAGAAUUUGUCGGACGUAGAAACGAUGCAGCUGGCACUAACGCUCGGCGACGAUUCAUACAAAGUGCUGCGACAGCUCAUUUACCAUGCAUUGCGUAGCGUCCGGGAGAAAAAUGUCGCUGCUGUGGAUGAGCAUAUUGAAGGAAUGACAAUGGGCAUCUGUUCCAAGCUGAUCCAGGGCAUUGAUCCGAUCUCCAAUAUCGUCCUGGACGCCCUUUUCUACUUCAUCAUACAACCACAAAGGAAGCCGAAACCUUUUUCCCCAUUCACUUUUUGA